GAGUCUCCAAGCGCAGGCUGCCGAAGUCCCCCAAGAAACGUCUCCUCCCUCCCUCUUCAUCAGUCCAGCAGCCUCCCUCCGCUUCUCUGCUCCAUCAUCCUCGCCAUGGCUCUGGACUCUGUUCCUCCUUAUCCCUGCGAGUUGGGAUCCAACAGGGCUGCCAGAACCCAGCACCAAAGGAUCAGGAAAGAUGAGCGCACCUGGACCUCGGAUACUUACGCACCUUAUGACGACGGGCACCAGUGGAGGAAGUACGGCGAGAAGAAGCUCUCCAACUCCAACUUCCCAAGGUUCUAUUACAGAUGCACCUACAAGAACGACAUGAAGUGCCCUGCCACAAAGCAAGUCCAGCAGAAGGACACCAGCGAUCCACCAUUGUUCUCCGUCACUUAUUUCAACCAUCACACCUGCAGCACCAGUUCAGCUCCCAUUGGAGGCACUAGAGAUACCACAGCGCAGUCAUCUUCAAGAAAGGCAGUAUCAAUCUGCUUCAGCCCGCAGACCGCCAGCGAGCAACACACAUUCUUGACUUCCUCUGCUCUGCCGCAAUCCCCGAGCAUACAUUCUUACAGAGCCAACCAACAACCAGAGAGGAACCCCUAUGCAAGCCAGUUUCAGUGGACAGACACAUCGUCACCUACAAGUAGCGGUCCGUUUAUGAUUGAGAUUGACAAUGUUUCAGGAGCAAGCGCUUCGUCCAGCAGCUCUGGUGCUCUGCCGCGGACGUUGCUGCCGAUCGAUCAGUCCAGAUGCAUCGAGUACUUCCAUUUCUUGUGAUGCUGUACAUGGAAGAAGAAGGUUAUAUAGAUGCUGGGAGUCUAGGAGGCCGCUUGGUGCCAGUUUGGAGCGUCAAGUGCUGGGAGGCAACAUUGUUGUCCUGGGCCUGAAGCACAGGGACCCAACCUACAGAUACCCAUACAGAUAUUACUGCCUUGUUGCUUACUUACAUUCAUAUUCAAGCUACAUUUUUGUGCUUGAAUGAUGUGGAGAAUGGUAUUGGAGUUUGUUUUAUUAGCUACAUUUGUUUGUUUAGAGAUGAGACUGGUAUGUCUCGAAUUCCUGAAUCCUGACAGCAACCCUUGGUCAUUCUCUGCUACUACUGAAAUACUGAAGGUUACAGAUUUAUACAGUAAUAGUUUUAUUAA